AUGCAAAAAAUGUCGGUGUUGGUUCUUUGUUUGCUUUGGUCAAGCGUCGUAGGAAAUCAUUAUAAUGACAAAGAUGUGUGUUCUGAGGCUUUUAAUAGCCUAAUGUGCGAAGGUAAAGGUGUUGGACACUAUACGUUCAGCAAUAGAGAUGCUGGAAGAGUUGUGUUGAUGACAGGGUUUGAAGCGGGGUCCGUGAUCGAUGUUGUAAACAUGCCAAGUCUAUCAACGAUUCAAUCUAAAGGAGCAUUUCUGGCAUGUGAAGAUAUAGUGGGGAAUAGGGCAUUGACAAUCAUCCAGCCGGACCGGAAGUUACUUACAUGUCCUCCCGGUGAUGAACUAUCAACUCAUGCUUCUGCAACCCACACCACUCGACUCCCAAGAAUGGAUAAUGAUGUGGAAGAAAUACCGAUUUCAGAUGAUGUAACUGCUCUACCUGUGCCAAUCUUAACAUAUGCCACUACAACCUACAGCACUCCACCCUUGACAACAUAUCAUGAGGAAAUAUCUAUUUCAGCACGUUACCCUAUCCUCUCCAUCAUCCUCCCCAUCAUGACUGCAUUGCUGUUUGUAUUACUUGCGUUUGUUUGUGUGUGUAUGUGUAGAGGGAGGUGCCAAAGACGAAACGGAGGGAGUAUUGAGUUGAGAGAGGUUGUGAUUUCACAGCCUUUAAGAUCAAUUUCAGAGGAUAGCUCAAUUGUUGAAUAUUCUAGGGCUAAAUGUGAAUAACUCUGAAAAAAAAUUCAAUGAUUCUGAAGGUUCAUUUCGUGUAUCAUCAUUUCAUGUAUCAUCAUUUAUUCUGUUUUAGAUAUGAUUGUUUUCAUCACAACAACCAUCAUCAGCCUUGUGUUUUAUUCUUUCACUGACAUUUUCAUAGAAGUAAUUUUACUUUUACAUGAUAAGAUUAUGAGAAAGUUUGCAAAUCUCGAACUACCUGCUAGGAGAUAUCCAUUGAGAGAUCGAAGACAACCUGAACGUUUGGCAUAUAAUUAGAUUUUUUUUUUUUUUUUUCAUUUUCUUUCACAUAGUUUAAUGUUCUUUCCAAAGUGGCUAACUAGUAUUAAAACAUUUUUGCUGUUAUAACUUUAGUGUUUACAAUUUUAAAUUGUUUUAUAAAAACCCUCAUCCUCAUUAUAAGUUAUGAUAUUCACUUUUUACCUCAUCAGUUUUGAUAUGAAACAUUGUAAAAUGUGAAUC